GUACUUUGCUGGUGCCGGGAAUGUCUAGAGUGGCUGCGGGAUCUGCGAGUCGGCCUGGGCGCCGCUUCCCGUGCGACUCUUGGGAAGCGACUAGGAACGGACGGUAAUAAGGCUGGGGCCUCCGUCCGCGCCCUUAUGACGAUCCAUGGUCGCCGCCGUGGGACGGGCCGCCUAGCGCGGAGCAGUGGGCUGGGGCUGUACUCCUUCCCAGGCCUUCGCGCUCGCUCUCCGUCCUCGUUCGCUUCCGGAGGCGGCACCCGGAGCCUGUGCGCCGUUUUGGACCACGAGGAAGCCAAGGCUCCGAGCUCGACCAUCGUCCAGGGCCCACCGUCCCCGAGGGGGUGUGCGGGUCCCGCUGCUCCCACUGCAGUCGCGUUUCUCGACCUGGUUCUUCUCACAGGACCCCAUGGCGGCUGCGGCGCUAACGAACUGGGCUCAGUAGGGCCGAUGGAGGUUUUCUGAUGAGACGUAUUGAUGUUCUGGGACUCUUCACCUGUCCUUCCCUCUGCGCUUGAGUCUGGGGACCUUAAAGGAGGAGUCCUUUCUAGCCCAGCACCCGGAAUCUAAGCCAGGAGUUAUAUGAAGAGGCUCCUGCUUUGGGCAGCCAGUAGGAGGAAGACUGGACUGGUGCAUUAGACUCAGGAACAUCUUAUGCAAAUGCUUAGAGGGUGGUGUGACCUUCGAGGAUGUGUUCGUGUACUUCUCCCGGGAGGAGUGGGAGCUGCUGGAGGAAGCUCAGAAACUCCUGUACCGCGAUGUGAUGCUGGAGAACUUUGCACACGUGGCCGCCUUGGGUUGUUGGUGUGAAGCAGACAAUGAGGAGGCCCCUUCCGAGCAGAGUGUUUGUGUAGAAGGAGUGUCAGAGGUCAGGACUCCUGGGUCCUGUCCACUUAUCCAGAAAGUCCAUCCAUGUGAGAGAAGUGACCCGCUCUUAAAAGACAUUUUCCACCUGGCUGAACACCAGGGUUCCUGCCCUGCACAGAACCUGGACACACGUGACCCCUGUGGGCAAGGAUUCCUGCUGAGUGGAAACUUUAAUCUGCACCAGAAACCACAUAGUGGGAAUGAUCCCGUCCAGGGGGAUGGUGAUGAGGCCUCAUGUGUGAAGAGCUGUGCUGUCUCCGAGUUAGGAAGACCUUUUAUUUGCAGGGGGAAAGGGAUGGACGUGCUGGAUAGCUCUAGCCUUUUCCAGCACCAGAGCACUCACAGUGGACUGAGUCCACACAGAAUAGCUGAGUUUGUGGAAUCAUUUGCACACAAGUCCAGUCUCAGUUGUCACCAGGGAGACAGUGAUGAAUUGAUGUUUCUCAAUUGCACUGAUGAUGAGAAAGCCUUCAUGAACGCCUUCACUCUCCUCGACAACCAGAUAACUCAGGCGGUUGAAGUGCGAUCCCUUAGGUGCCUGCCUUGUGGAGAUCUGUCCAAGGAGAAAUCCGCUCUUAUUCGUCACAGAAAACUUAGUGGUGGGGAAACAUCACAUGUGUGUAAGGAGUGUGGAGAGGCCUUCAUUCACUCGUCUCACCUAAAAAGUCACCAGAAAUUUCACACUGGCAAAAGACAGUAUACGUGCAGUGAAUGUGGCAAGGCCUUCAGCCGCAAAGACACACUUGUGCAGCACCAGAGAGUUCACACUGGAGAAAGGGCUUAUGACUGCACUGAAUGUGGAAAAGCCUACAGCAGAAGCUCCCACCUCGUGCAGCACCAGAGGAUUCACACCGGAGAAAGGCCUUACAAGUGCAGUGAAUGUGGGAAGGCCUUCAGUCGUAAAGACACACUUGUGCAGCACCAGAGAUUUCACACAGGGGAAAGGCCUUAUGAGUGCAGUGAGUGUGGAAAAUUCUUUAGCCAAAGCUCUCACCUUAUUGAGCAUUGGAGAAUUCACACCGGGGCGAGGCCUUAUGAGUGCAUUGAAUGUGGAAAAUUCUUUAGCCAUAACUCCAGCCUCAUUAAACAUAGGAGAGUCCACACAGGAGCAAAGUCUUAUGUGUGCGGCAAAUGUGGGAAGGCUUUUGGCUGCAAGGACACACUUGUUCAGCACCAGAUAAUUCACACUGGCGCACGGCCUUAUGAGUGCAGUGAGUGUGGAAAGGCCUUUAGCCGUAAAGAUACACUUGUGCAGCACCGGAAAAUCCACACUGGAGAAAGGCCUUAUGAGUGCAAUGACUGUGGAAAAUUCUUUAGCCAUAGCUCCAACCUCAUUGUGCACCAGAGAAUUCAUACUGGAGCAAAGCCUUAUGAAUGCAGUGAAUGUGGGAAAUGCUUUAGCCACAAUUCUAGCCUCAUUCUACACCAGAGAGUUCACAGUGGAGCAAGGCCCUAUGUGUGUAGUGAAUGUGGAAAAGCUUACAUUAGUAGCUCCCACCUUGUUCAACACAAGAAAGUUCACACUGGAGCAAGACCUUAUAAAUGCAGUGAAUGUGGGAAAUUCUUUAGCCGCAACUCUAGCCUCAUUCUACACCAGAGAGUUCACACUGGUGAAAAGCCAUAUGUGUGCAAUGAAUGUGGGAAGGCCUAUAGCAGAAGCUCCCAUCUUGUUCGGCACCAGAAAGCUCACCCUGGAGAAGGACCUCAUGAAUGCAACAGUUUUGGUGACCCUUUAGCUGCGUCUCUUAAACUUGUUUAAUGCCCAGAAACUUCACACGGGAGAAAGGCCUUAUGAAUGGAGUCAAUGUGCUGUGUCCCCGUUCAAGAUUAUAGGAGUCACACCAGCAAAGGUGGGGAUCGUCGUUGGUACAGAGGCACUGAGCUAGUGGAGUGGGGAUGACUGAGGCUCAGGAGAGGAUGGGUGUCUGUUCUUAAGGUGGCGUCUCUAUAUGUCUGCGAUUUUGGCUCUGUGGCAUGAAAUUAUAGAGAAAUUCUCAGGGCCUUCACAUCUCCGAGUCUCCUGUGGCCACCACACUGUCUCAGUAAAUAAAGGUCUGUGGAUUCCUGUACCUCCCUGGGCUGCUGGUGUUCUGGCCAUCACUGCACAGGCAGGAGCCCCAGCAGUGACAGCAGAGCGAUCAGGGCUCGGGCUUCUCUGACCAGCCAGCGUUCCUCGUGACUGAGGUGGGCGUGAACUUUGUUGCUCUGCAGUUUUUGCUGAUCCUGAGGCAGGGCUUAUGCUCCUAAAUUGUGUAGAGAGGGAUAGAGUAGAGCCAGAACAGUUGGCAGAUGGGACUUUCCAAGAAGAAUGGUAAAUAUGGAUAUUUAUGGGGAAUAUUUAGUUCUUAACAUCUUUGUUGAGGUAUGAUGACAUGAAAUAAAUGGCAUGUAUGUAAAGUGUAAAACGUUUUAUGUUUCAGCAUGUGUAUGUACUGACGAGACCACACAUCAAGAUAAUGGAGAUAUCCAGCACAGCCAAGAGAUUCCUUGGGUCCCUUUAUAAUCCUUUCCUCCUUGUCCUUUCUAACCCCCCCUUUCCCACAAUUCACAUUUAGUAGCAAGCAUAUUCUAGAAUUUCAUAUAAACAGAAUUAUAUACUUUGUGGAGAGUGGGGACUCUGGCACUUUUCACCAACCAUAACUUUUUUGACAUAAGCCAUAUUAUUGCAUGUAUCAGUUAUUCAUUUGUAUUGUUGAGUACUAUUCCAUUGCAUGGCUAUACCACAAUUGUUCUUUUAUCCAUUCACCUGUUGUUGGAUGUUUGGGUUGUUUCUGGUUUGGCUGUUACAAAUAAAGCAGCUGUGAAGAUU